AUGAUUCUGCUAGUAGCAAGAGAUUACCUUUGUAUCGUUGAUUGGAGAGAUGAAAAAUUAGUGGUCCUUUGUUUCGACACGAAAGGGGUUUCGGCCCAUAUAAAGACUCGAUACAGAUGGUUUACUCACGAAAACACGGGAUUAACAGCAACACAAUGGGUGGAGCGAAUUCUUGACGUAACAAAUUGUGAAUCGAUUGAUCAUUUGGAUCUCUGUGGAAAUCCACAGCUAGAAAUGUGCGAUACUUUUGGUCAAGAGACAAAACUCAAUUUGAACACCGAUUUCGGAUGUUCCUAUGACUUUGCAAAGAAACCUCUGGAAAUCCUCUCGGCAGUUACCACAGAAGUAAAACUGUACAUAAUUCCAUUUGAGACCAGAGAGGAAUUCCAAACUUUUCUGAAGAGCAAUUUAAAUUAUUUGAAUAUUCAAUCCAGCACUUUCCCGAAAUUCAAGUUCACUCUCGAUGACGUACUGAUCACGAAUGCGCUCAAAUUAAAUCUUAAACACGCAAAAUUAACUCUCAAAGAACUCAAUUUAUUCUUCAAAAAUUGGAUGAGAAAGAAAUGUGAUUCAAGACUGGAGCACUUGAUAGUGUCUACAUCCGAAAAAGUCAAUGCAAGGAAUCUUCUGGGAGGACUGAAGGCUGUUCCUUUUCCAAGAGACCGAGAGAGAAGGUUCAUUUACUCUAAACAAUUGGACUCUUUAUCAGAAUCGUUUUCUGGAGGAUAUGAUAUAAGGAGAGCGGAUGGGAAGAAAGCAACAAUCACGUAUGCAGGCUAUUCGGGGCCGACAGUCAUCAAUUUCUAUGUUUGGCCGUGA